AUGCACAAGCCGGGCAACGCCGUCGUCGGGUUCGGGUACCGGCGAGCCGAGGCCGACGGGCUCAAGAAGCACAAGUGGCGCCAUGGCAUGAGCAGCCGCGUGGUGUUCGACGACGAUUUCGGCGAGGUGGUGGACACGGAGGACGCCAAGGACGAGCUCCGGCUCCGGGCCGACGCCGAGUACGGCAACGAGUACACGCGGUCGCUGGCCGAGAAGGCGUAUGCGACCUGCGCGCGGGCCGUCACGGGCGCCAUCUACGCGCACGCAGGGCGGGAGCGGGCCAAGGCCUUCAUCGGAGCGCACGUGCUCUCGCGCACGCUCGACCUCUCCAAGCUCUUCGCCUUCAAGAAGCCGACGCGCGAGCUGUCGCUGCUCUGCGCGCGCGAGGACUUCGAGCCGCCCGUCGCCCGCCUGCUGUCCGAGACGGGCCGCCUGUCGCGCACCCCCGUCUACGUCGUCGGCAUCUUCUCGGGCAAGGACAAGCUCGGCGAGGCCGCCGGCUCCAGCCUCGAGUACGCCCGCACGGGCGCCGCCAUGAACGCCCUCAAGAGCUGGUACCUCUACAGCCCCGGCGAGGGCGUGCGCGUGCCCUCCGACAUGCUCAACGAGGACGCCGCCCCCUGGGAGCCCGCCUACAUCGAUAUGGGCGAGAUUAUCGGACACUAA